AGAGACCCGCAGGCGAGAGGCAAAAGGAGGCGGGAGACCUUUUACCCAUCCGCAACUGGGCUACGAAGCUGACGGGAGCCCGCGCCUUUUGCGAGAGUCGAUGGCAAGCCACUCCCACCCCUCCACCCCCCCGCCGAGCCCACUUGAUUUUGAGGGAUGCCACAUUUGGUGGCCGCCCCGAUGAUGGAGAGAGCCGCCGAGGAGCCCGCGCCAUAGCUCGGAACACGUCUGCCGUUUGGCGCGCGAGCAGCUGCGCUCCGUCGCUUCGCCGGGGGGAGGAAAAGACGAGGAUGACAUGCUGAGAGGACGCCCCGCGGCCCUCGUCGUCGUUUGCGUUUUGGCCAUGGCUUGUCUGCUGGGCGACGGGGCGGCGCGCGCCCGCAGCUCGGACUUGGUCCGCGUCUUGGAGAUCCUCAUCGACGACGCCGCUUCGUGUGCCGACUCCAGGUUGUACACCCCCACCUACGUCGACUAUAAGACGUGUCCCAAGGACACCCUGGAAUGUUUCUCGGCAGAAGUCCGAGUCCUCGUAACCGAAUGCGAAAGAACCGAAGACGACGACGGUUUGGAAAAAUUGGAGCGGGGCCUCAAGUACUACUUGGAGAGCGAGCAUCACCGCAACCAGAGCCAGUCAACGUGUGGUCCAUGUGAGCUCCACCCGGAAGAAAACGUCGGACGCUUCCUUCGUGAACUACAGCAAACUGUGAUGGCAUCCAACUUUUAGAUAUUUUUUUUUUAAUCAGCUCUUAUCUCUUUAUCAUCUCGCGUUUUCACCACCAGCUGUCAUCUCCUUUUUUUUUAAAUCAACUAGCAUCUACAUUGUUUUUUUUAUUCACGGUCAUCUCAUCUUUUCUUCAUCAAGAAAUCUC